AUGGACAGUAAAAAAAGAAAAGGGGGUGCAGAGAAAGUUCGAGAAAGUAAAAAGAGGGCUCUUAAGUCCGACUCUGCCAAAUGCGUCAAAUUAACCCAACAUCACUCAAAAGGUUUAAAUUCGGCAGCUGCACCGGAGGACAGCAGUGCUGUAGAGGAUGUUGCUGGAAUCAGUACAGCCAGAGACCCCAGGUCUUCCAGAACCAGUGCUGUGAGGAAGGAUGCUAUGCUAGGCCUAGGAGAGACAGAAAAGAGGGUGGUAAAGAUUGCAGAGUUAUCAAAGAGUUCCGUGUGUAUGAGAGAGCCGGAGAGAGUUCAAGAGAUCUUAACCUCCAUGAGAAACUCUGGAUCCAGCACACUACAGGUGAUCUCAGAUUUUGAUAUGACUCUCACCAGAUUCGCUCACAAUGGCAAACGCUGUCCCACCUGUCACAAUAUUUUGGAAAACGGCAAACUGAUCAGUGAAGAGUGUAAAGCUGAGGUAUAUAUUUUGGAAAACGGCAAACUGAUCAGUGAAGAGUGUAAAGCUGAGUGUGUGUGUGUGUGUGUGUGUGUGUGUUUGUUUGUCGGCAGUACUGAUGUUGUGUGUGUGUGUGUGUGUGUGUGUGUGUGUGUGUGUGUGUUUGUCAGGGCUGGAUACGAGGAGUUUUUUCAUCAUCUGAAUGUGACGCGUGUUCCUCUGUUGAUCUUCUCGGCUGGGAUUGGUGAUGUGUUGGAGGAGGUGAUCAGACAGGCUGGUGUUUUCUAUUCCAAUGUCAAAGUCGUCUCCAACUACAUGGACUUUGAUGAGUCUGGUGUGUUGAGAGCGUUUAAAGGCCAGCUGAUUCACAUCUACAACAAACGUGAAGGAGCGCUGCUCAACACUCAACACUUUCAAGAGCUUCACAGCCGCUCUAACGUUCUUCUGCUCGGAGACUCGCUCGGAGAUCUCAACAUGUCCGAUGGAGUCGCCGACAUGCAGAACAUCCUGAAAAUCGGAUACCUGAAUGACAAGGUGGAUGAGAGAAGGCAGUCGUAUUUAAACUCUUAUGACGUCGUGCUCGUGAAAGAUGAAAGCAUGGACGUGCCCAACGCAAUCCUGCGCUACAUCACAGGACACUCGUGAACUUUUCCUCAAUCACUGAUCAACGUGUGCAGUUGGGCUAGUAGAGAAGCAUAUAAUAUAAUCCGAAGACAUCCAGUAAUGCACCGUAUGGAUGUACAGUGUGUGCUCCAUGCACUCUGCAUUUCACUGUAUAGACCGAGACCGAACACUGGUCUUUUUAACAUGGACAAUGACUCACAGACAAGAACUCCAGAAAUGACAAAAUAUUGGAUUCAAUCUUUUUGUCAACUUGUUUUCUUUCAUUUAGGACUGGUUUUGCGUUUCUUUUUCAAACAGAUUAAUCGUAGGCCUAGUUCAUCUGAGAUUAGGCACCUCAGUCUUUGACUUAAAAAAAGCAUUUUUUGUGAAUAAUUUUGGCAAUAAUAAAUAGAAUAUCACAUCACCAAAAUUUGCAUUGUUGUUCACGCUAGCCUUCUUUAAUCUAGACUUAUUUGUUUAACCAGGAAGUUUGUUUUGAAAUGCUUUAAUUGGCCCUGUCCCAAAUGUGCACUUCUUGUGGUCUCGUGGACUUCAAUUGCGCGUGCUCGCCAAAUCUACGAGUCUGUAGGGUGUCCCAUUUGUCUUUUAGCGCUCAGAAGUCUGCUCGCGAGCGCCUCCUUUGUGCCCUCGAUGCGGUUUUUUGACUGAAGUCCCCUACCCAGGAAUCCUUACGAAUGUCCAAUCACAGGACGGAUGGGAGGAGUGUCGUGGAUGUCAGACAUAUACCUAAACAAGACGGUUACAUUUUUAAAUGUAUGUUUUGAUAAAAUUCUACAUUAAUUAAUUAGUUUCUUAUUCACAUUAUUGCUUAUUUAUUUUCUAUUAAGCCAGCUAUUCAAGAAUAAAAACUUUGAACGCA